AUGGCUGAACGCAAUUGGCAGGAGGGAGCAGAUCGCGGAGGGGCGCAACAGCCCGUCAACGUGAUCGAGAUCCCCGACUUGAACGGCAUUCAUCUUGAAGACACGUCGCAGACGGCGGCAGAGGCCCGCAAGACGUCGCAGCACACGCUUGUGCACGGCAACAAUGCGACGCCUUCGACUCAGAACCCCCAACCGCACGAAAUACACCUCCCGCAGUCCCAGGACGACGACGACGACGGCUACGGCGCGCGGCCGCUAUCUUUCCGGCUGGGCGAUCCCGUUACACAGAACAGCACCGAGCCGGCGGUCGUCAUUGAGCAGCGACAGGCCAGCAUUUCCGCCAAGCAGAAACAGUCGUAUCCGAACUACACUCUCAACAUCAUGGUAAGACAGUUCACGAAGCUGGCCGAGAGGAAACUGAACCUAUGUUUGAACAGCGUGCCGCUGGAUCAGGAGCCCAAUAUCAUCGAGAUCUUGUCCGAAGGGGUCGAUCCGACGUUUGAUCGCGUGAUCACGUCGCUCGGGUACAUUGCGCGGCGCAAGCCCAAGUCUGUGACCGACGCGGUGAUGCACUGGCGGCGCGGCAAGUCCGAGUUACGAGAGAUGGCGCGCGCAAUGCUCGAAAAGGACUUGAUGCAGUUGGACAGUUACAAGAACACCAACGUGCCGCAGACACACAAAAAGUCGGCCUCGCGGUCUUCGCGGUCGACGCACGAUUCGCCGGCGACCAGCUCCGACGCCGAGACGCUGCGUCAGCUCGAGCAGAAGGCGGACAGACAGUUCACGAUCAGCACGUACAUUUUGUGGCGGGUGCUGAUCGAGGUGGUGCGCCAGACGCCCACGCAGACGCUGAUUGAGGAAACAGGACUUGAGGAGAUCAUGUACAACUACUUGCGCAACAUCGAUCCGUACCUGGUAAGCCAGAGCAUUAUCCACUCCUCCAACUGGAACUUGCUCGCGGGUCUGAUUGGCCAGAUGUCGGAAAAGUCGUUCUUGUCCGUGAGCGACCGCUUCAUUGCGGAUCUCGAAAAGUUCCCCAAAGGCUACACGGACGGCAGCGACGUGAGCGAGUCCAGACUGAAUCUGCUGAUCCACGGGAUGCGAUAUCUGCAGUUUUCCAACUCGUCGCUCGAACGGUUUGAGGAAGGCGCAGAUUUUAUGAAGAGUCUGGCCAAGUUCUUCUACCGAUGCGAAAACGACAAUUUGCUCAACUCCUAUUGCGACGUGAUCAACCAGCUGCUUCUGUCGCUCGCAGAAACGCUGACUGCAGAGGUGAACCAUCCUACAUGGGUGGACGCCGUGACAAUGAUUUUCAGCAAGUCCGUGCACAUUGCGACGGCGAAGCCGCCCAAGCUGUGGAAGUACUCCGCCACUUUGGUGGCCACAGCGGUUUCUGUUGCUCCCAAGACGCUUUUCGACCGAGAAUGGCUCAAAAUUGUCGACAUGUACAUCAGACGGCUCAAGCCGAAGCUGCCGACCGAGGAAAAGGUCGUCAUCACGACGUGUCUGGCCCGGCUGAUCUGGGCGUAUUUGUAUCGGUACUCGGACACGCUGAACGCCAAGACCAGAAACUUGGAGUCGAUCGCCAACUUGCUCUUCCAAGGACAACAGAACAAGAAACAGCAGUGGAUUACGCACGACUCGCUUCUGAUCCAGGCCACCGUUCAGACCCUACGUGCUAUGGCCUACUCGCAGCUUAACUUCACGCUGGAAAACAUUAUUCUGCCGAUCCUCAAGUCCUCGUUCAACGGAACCAGUCUUGAAAGCAUCUCGCACGAAAAGGUCAUUCUCUGCAUCCGCACCUACGCCUGUAUACUAUCAGACUACAAGUCUAAGGAAAGACCGCCCUUCCCGACCGACUACGUGAUCCACUCGUCACUGGACCCGAUGGAAUUCUGCAACAACGACAACAAGGAGAUAUUCGACGCCAACUCGUCCAACUCGGCGGUCCACGAAGAGGUGUCCAGUCUGUUCAUCAGCCUGCUGUUUCUACUGGACCAGCAGGUUGGGUGCAAGACGCUAGAUGGCAACAUAGCCAAUGUGGGGGCCGGCGGCGGAUCGUCGGCCAGCGCGAGCAGCAGCACGCCGACGCUGCCACUCAAAAUCUCGCAGUUUUAUUUCCACCAGGACGGCCAUCAGACUAAAAACUUGGAGCUAUUUUCGACGGUGAUUUCUGUGGUUUCGUGGUGUCUGAGCAACAACUCGUCGCAGUACCGUCGCGUAAUUGAGCUUCUGGUGAAGAACACGAUCCAUGAGGACGAAAAUGUCAGCCCUUUCUCGAUCGACAUGCUCAAGAUUCUCAUGACCAAGAAGAACCCGAACGUGAUAAUGACCGUUUUUGCGCGCACGGCGUUCUAUCUCGACGAAAAGGCCGCCAGCCUGCUCAACCACGAGUACGUUUCGUCGACAGAGUACGUCAAGCUCCUGGAAGUUUAUGUGGACUUGCUCCAAUGCUGGCUUGAGUUCCUGGCAGAGACACACAAGGGCUCGCUAGAGACGCCAAACGAGAUGUACAACGUCAACCAUGGCUUUGUGCAAGAGGAGAUCCUGGAAACGAAGCCGUUUGAGGACCUCGAGCUCAAGACGAUCGUCACAAUCAUCGACGAGGUCGAAGGCAACGGGCUGUUUUUCCUGUUUAGUCACGAUUUCCGUGUGCGGUUUCUGGGGUCGCAGAUUCUGCGUAUUAUCGCCCAGUUCGACGAGGUGAUUUAUGACCUGACGAGCGACACGAGUGGCGCCAAAGACCCUGAAGAGGACCGCAAAAAGGCGCAUAACCGGAUGCCUUCGAAAUUUGCUGCCGAGUUCGGCACGCGGGUGAUCCAUGUGCUGGAGUCGCUGGAUUUUUUCGAGUUCAUCAGCCCUAAGAAACCUAUCCUGAGUGAGGCCGAGUCGAAGCGGCUCGCACGGCUGCAGCACAAGCAGCGCAAGGACACCAUUAUCCGCCUGGCGGAAAGCAACCACGGCGUCGACGCGGCGCUGUGGUUUAAGGUGUUUGAGGAGAUUCUCGAUUCGCUCGUCAGACGGUGUCCGAUCCAGAUCGCCAUAGCGCGGUCUCACAGCUGUAUCCGUCUCGUCCAGCUGUAUGACCAGCUGGUUUCGAUUAGUUUCGAUCCAGGCUCGAAAAACGUUAGCUCACUCAUUUGGGAUUACAUGCUGUGCUUGAAAAUUGCGUGCUCGUCGCUUACUUCCACGAGCGAGCAGCGCCUGCAUAUCCCGGCGGUGGCCACGGCCGCGUCAUCGUCCAUCUACGCGCCGCUGACCAAGUCUCACAUGCGUAAGCGUUCUCAGCAGCUGUUCACGGUGCAGCACCAGAAAAUCACGAGUGCAAAGUCAAUCUUCAAGAUGACCGUGCCCUUGCUCACGACUACCAACACUAAGCUGAAGGAGGCGCUGGUGGAGGGGCUAAGCUGUUUGAAUGUGAACAUUUUCAACAGCUUUCUCGAAAGCAUCGAGAGUAUCCUCGAAGGCUGGGCGCGCGAGCAGCAGCCGGCGGAGGCCGAUUUGCGACUACGUGUCGAGAUCACCGGCGUGCUUAACAAGGUGAUUGCCAAGUUCUACAAGAUCGGCGUGCCGUUUCUAGACGAUACCGUGUCACGAAAGCUGCAGUUUAUUCUGGAAAACAACAAGGCGUUUCUGUCGCGACCCGGGUCGCAGACCAACUUCGAGCUCCACCGGCUGCGCAAGUAUUUUUGCGGCCUAUUGGAGACUUUCCAUUCCGAGUGUCUGAAACUCCACCAGGUGGAGAAAUGGCUGCCGUUCAAGUUUCGUCGAGAGUCGUUUGAGUUCAUGGAUGAGUGGUGCGGCUACGGCAAGGACACAAGUCUGUUCAACGAGCGGUAUCGGCGGAUGACCGAGCAGAUUUCUCGGCGGGCCGAGGCAGUCACAUUGCAGGCGUCUUUGGAGCUACAAAAAAGACAGCUGCAGUACAGUGCGAUCAGUUGCAUGGCGAACCUGUGUUGCAGUCCAAUCGCCACGGAAAAGGACUCCUUCAAUAUUCCAAAGGUGUUGGACUGGAUAGACUCGCUAUUCAACACGUAUACGGACAAGAUCAUCGAGAUGGCGCGGCGGGCGCUGUUGCAGAUCCUCGUGGUGAGCUCUGCCUCGGACGACAUUCUCGACCAGGUCAUCAACAAGUGCUACACGCACGACCCGGCGUUGGACAACUACUUUGUGACGCUGAGCGAGGCCUUUGUCAAGGGCGCCAAGCUCAGGGACAAGGUGCAUCGGCCGCUGGCUCUGGGGCUUUUUGCAUGUGGGUCGGACAACAUCAGCGUGCGCACUGCCGCGGCGAGCCUGCUGGAGCACACCGAGAUGAAGUUCUAUGAGACCAACAAGAGCUUGGCCUUUGUCGACGGCAUUUGCUGCCGGUCAAGGGUGAUCUACAAGCGCACGCUUUUUCAGCUGUCGACGCAUUUUGCAACGGCGCAUCCCGAGGACAAGUACAUGAUGAUCUCAGAGCUGACGAUGCUGUUUCACGUUGUUGGGUCAAGUCCGCGACGCGACAUUCUGGCGGUGCUGCUGCCGUGGGUGCAGACCGUGGAGCUUACGCUGGGACCGGACCAUCCCAACAGACACAACUCGCUGAUGGUUCUGUACAACUUCUUUGAGAUCACCGUCAAAUUUGCGCACAAGAUGCAGAACGAGGUGGAAGCGUUGUGGGUGGCACUGGCGAACGGCCCCAAUAAGUCGAACGUGGACGAGAUAUACCGGUUUAUCGUGGAGCACUCGCUGGAGAUGAAGAAUACCGUUUUCUGGGAGUGCUCGCGCCAGGUGAUCUCGUGUCUCGCCACGAUCCCGGCAGGCGUGAACCUCGUGGAUACGCUGAUUUCGAACCUGGAGCCAAAGUCGAUGAUACCUGUCGAGAAACUCAACGCGGACGACACGGCUACGUUUGCGGACGAGAGCCAGAUCACGCACGGGCUGCCAUACGUGGCGCAGCUCGCGAAGAUCGCCCAGACAACCAAGGGCGUCACCACGCCGUCGUUCUCGCUGUGCGAGCUGUCGGUGAUAUUCCUGUCGGACCUGCUGCUCACGCCCACCGAGAACGUCAAGGCGAACCUGUCGCUGUUGCUGCAUCUUGCGUUUGUGCUGCUCGACGACCAACUCGCGAUUGUCCAGGACCAGGCGUGCGCAAUGCUGAUCCACCUGCUGCGCCAGUACGGCGACGACGAGUCGGGACAGUGCAAGCGCAUCAUUGACUCUCUGCGCAGCUGCGACCGCCAGAAAACGUUCUGGACGCACGGCGACCUGGGCGGCGACAAAAACGGUGGUCGUAUCCCGGAGAACAUGGAUGCGCUCGUGCGCAACGUUGUGCACGUGUUUGAGAAGAACUACCCGGGAAUCCAGCAGGACUGGAGCCGCACCGCGCUGGCGUGGGCCACGUCGUGCAAGGUGAUGCACAUUGCCGCGCGCUCGUUCCAAGUCUUCCGGUGUCUCAUCUCGUUCCUCGACCUUGGCAUGCUGCGCGACAUGCUCCUGUGCCUGGCCAACACCGUCUCGGACGAAAACCCAGGCAUUCAGAGCUUCUCGAUGCAGAUUCUCAUGACGCUCAACGCGAUCACGGCAGAGCUGUACAGCGAGCAGCUGAUCGACUUCCCGCAACUGUUCUGGUCCGUCGUGGCCUGUCUCAACACCAUCCACGAGAACGAGUUCAUCGAGGUGCUCUCGACGCUGUCCAAGUUCAUCUCCAAAAUCGACCUCGACUCCGACGAGACCGUCGAGUGUCUGAUUGCGACGUUUCCGCCCAACUGGGAGGGCCGCUUUGACGGCCUGCAGCCGCUGGUCAUGAUGGGGCUGCGGUCGGCGAAUGCGUACGAGCCGACGAUCCGGCUCCUGGACCGGCUCAAUCUGCUCAAGGACAGCGCCAUCAUAGGCUCUGGCCAAUAUCGCAUCCUGCUGGCGCUGUUAGCCAACAUCCCGCGGUUUCUGCACGCUCAGACAACCAAGCGGUUCGGCGACGACGUGGUAGACGCGGCAAACGUGCUGUGUGCGAUGGCCGACCGCGCCGACAUGGGCGCCCUGAGUCGGAUUCUCAACUCGCUCAUCAAGAAGAAGUUCCGCAACAAGGAGGACUUCAUGAGCCAGGUGGUGAGUGUGAUCAAACGCUAUUUCUUCCCCGAGUACUCGGCGCAAACGCUGGUGUUCCUGCUGGGUCUGCUGUUCAACAACACCACGUGGAUUAAGCUCGAGAUGUUGGACUUCCUCAAACACGUGUUCAAGGCCGUCGACCUCACUGACAGCAAGUUUAUCGGGCUGGGAGCCGAUCUUGUGUCGCCGCUGCUGCGGCUGCUGAUGACCGACUACGUGGACCUGGCGCUUGAGGUGCUGGACGAGGCCAACAGCAUCUCUGCGUCGCCGUUCGACAAGCACUACUUGAUGAUGAGCUCGGGCGAUGCCAGCAUGCGCCGCGAGUACGAGAAGGUGGCCACGUUGUUCGGCAUUCCCGACGAAAGCGGCUGGUCCGUGCCGAUCCCGGCCGUCAGCACCGCGCGCACCAGAAACAACAUCCACUCGGUGUUUUCGACCUGCGUGGUUUCCACCUCCAAGGAGGGCGACGAGCAGCCCGAGCCGCUGGUCGAGCCAGAGUUCAACAGAGACGACUACGUCCACUACAGUCCGGCAUGGCCGGACCAGCGCGAGCAAUCACUGCUCACGAGACAACAGAGCAGUCUCCAGGACGACGAGUCCGCACAGGACCAGAACUCGCUCAGCCACAUGCUUGCCACGCUAGAGAACCUCGACUCGUUCUUUACCAAGGAGAACAUGGACCUGUCGGGCGCCAACUGGGGCUUGACACUGGAGUCGCCGCAGCUCGACCAGAACAUGCAGUUCCCAUCCACAGCCUCGUUCAAGACGCUCAUGGGCGACUCGUCGUCGAGUGCGGCCAACUUCUCGGUUUCCUCGUUCCGCAACUCUGCGCGGCUCAACAUGGCAGUUCCGAUGCAUCUGAGCAACAAGUCGGCAAGCGACUACUCGUCUAACUUGCAGGAGAUUUCCUCUCCGCUGGGCUCGCCGAUAGUUUCCGGCCAGAGCCCGCCCAGCGACGACUUCGAGGGCCUGUUCAGGUUUGAGAUUCUCCGCCCGUCCAGCAAGGUCAAGAAAAGACCGUCCAAGCUCAAUACGCCGCUCGUCAACAACGGCGACCCGUCCAUCCCGCUGGCGAAGCCGUCUCCCCGGACGCCGCGGAGUUCGCGGACCCCACGCAGUCCCUACAGCAAGAGCAUCCGCUUCAGCAGAAACUACUCCUCCACAUACAGGAAGUCUGCGCGGCUUUACGACAGUCCGUCGCGCGACAAGCAGGACGCGGCCGACACGCAAUGAGCCAUUUCGGCGGUGUACGGGUGUGCAGUCAAAUACGAUAAGAUAGAUGUUUAAAUUUCUUCCCCACUUUCACCUCUGACUAGCUUUGUCUGGCAUGUUUACCAAGUGCACGGGCUUCAGGCCGUUCAUCAGGCCAUCUGUAAGAACCUUCAGUUGUUCACGUGCCUCUUUGCUUGUCAAAAUGGCCAAGACCAAGUCCAUUGAGGAUAUGCCCAACCCAAGGGAUCUUCCCAGACCAGAAUCCAAGGAGCUGUUCCGGCCAGUGUACGACCCCAAGGAAAAGUAUAGAGAGCAGGGUGAGCAGCUUCAUGAGUUUGGCAGGUACAUCAUGGCAUGCAUGCCGAAGUUCAUACAGCAGUAUUCUGUCUGGAAAGAUGAGCUGACUGUGUAUUGUGCUCCCUCUGGACUGGUGCCUGUGGCCACUUUUCUGAAAAACCACACCUCGAGCCAGUUCACGGCGUGCAUGAAUAUCACUGCGGCGGAUUAUCCGUCGCGCAAGAACCGGUUCGACGUGGUGUAUGACUUGCUGUCUGUGCGGUUCAACUCGCGGAUCCGCAUCAAGACGUUUGCGUCGGAGAUGACGCCGAUCCCGAGCUUGGUGCCGUUGUACGAGGGGGCCAACUGGCUUGAAAGAGAGACGUACGACCUGUUUGGCGUGUUUUUCGAGAACCACCCGGAUCUGCGCAGGAUCAUGACCGACUACGGCUUCGAGGGCCAUCCUUUGCGCAAGGAUUUCCCCACAACGGGCUACACAGAGGUCAGAUACGACUCUGAGAAGAGACGCGUGGUGUACGAGCCGCUGGAGCUUACACAGGCCUGGAGAAACUUCACCGUGGGCUCGUCGGUGUGGGAGCAGGUCGGCACCGGCGAGGACGACACGCCAGAGAGUUUCCGUCUCCCAGAGCCGGAGCUUGACGAGGAAGUCAAGAAGUAGCCCAACGGCCCAACAGCCCCUAUUUAUUCUCAUCUACAUAUUUAUUGAAUCGACCAAAUUUUAUCUCAGGGCCUCGAUCUCCCGCUGAAGCCCGCCCAGCUCGGUCCGUUUCUGCUCCAGAAACGACUCCAGCUGGCUCACCUGACUCUGCACGACCUCAAUGUUGGUCCGGAUCGACUGCAGGUCGCUUCCUGUUCCCAGCUCGGCCACCUGCUGCUCCUUGUACUUGAGUAGAUUUUCAAACUCGUAUUUGGCCAGACUCAGCUUGUCGUCGACUCCCUUGUUGUUCUUUGCGUCCUCGGCCUUUUGGAUCAGCUCCUCCAGCUCCUUCAGCUCACGUCUCAGCUUCACUUCCUCCCAGUCGGUUCCGUCUGUGGCGCUGAAGUCUGUCUUGUUGGUGGGGAUCUUGGAAGAACCGGUGAUUUUGCUCAAAUAGCUCUCGCCAAAAGCCUGUUUCGUGCUGCUGGGCCUUUUCCGCUCCUCUGCCUGGUAAUCGUUCACAUCGUAGCUCGGUGUCUCUCUGUUGAACGUAGCUCUCAGCGACGGAGGCACCGACUUUGGAACUCUCUUGCCGCUGGACCUCUGGCUCAGGAUAUGCAGAAAAACCAGACACUGGUCCUUGUCGAUCGUUUCCGAUUGCUUAGGGUUCACCAAAUUCCACGCAAACGAGAUAUCUGUUUCCGGAACGCCGUUGAGCGUCUUGUACAGUUCCGAAAGCGACUGGAACGUAAUUCUUCCAAAUCUGUCCGCAGACGACGCGUAUAUGUCCUCAUACCUGGAUUUAUCGGACGGCGAGAUGUACCAGUCGAAGUCUGAACUCAGCAUGAGCUCCUCGUCGGUGUCGGUGUCGAAACCGGGGCUGUUUCCCGCCACCGCCCUGUUGGCCUGCACCAGAUGUUGCUUCGAGCCCGGAAUCAACCAGUCGGGUAGUGAUCUAGGCAGCUCCGACGUGUUGCCGUUGACAAGGUCGAAGAUGAGCCGCAUGGCUAUGCAAAACUCCUCAAAGUCCAGCUGGCCGUCCACAUCGAUGUCGGACAGGUCCCACACUUUUUCAAGCUGCGCCUGAUCGAGCCGUGAGUUUUUGAACACGACAGAAACCUUGUCGCCGCUCAGUUUGUUGUUGACCGGCUUGAGACCGCUGAAGAUCUGCCAGUACUUCUUAAUCUCCCACUCUUCGAGCUUGGGCAUGGUGGAUUUCCACAGUUUUCUUGGUAGUUAAGAUGGUAGUGGUCUUUAGAUUGUGUUGAUUGGAUGGUCUCGAUGCUCGCAGCGGAUUGAAAAAUCGCUAGCCUGGUGCUUGCGUUGGUCUUUU